CCUUCUAAAAUAGAAAGAAUGGCCUCUAAUCCUGAUGUGGAGGGAACUCCCCUGCUUGGUCCACUACCUCUAGAACUACAGCAGAUUAAAGAUCAAAAAGACGCCGCCGCUGCUCUAGCCGCUCGAAGGAGGGGCGAGGACGUAAAAACUAUCGAACGAAACAUUCUUAAGAUUCGUCGACGAAGUUUCGGAGAAUCUUCCUUGUCACCAGAGGAUUCUGCAACCCGGAGAAGUUCACGAGCCAUCAAGCGGAGAAAGUUCGAUGAUGAAAUCUCUGAGCCUAAUUUAAUCAUUCCUCCAAGCACCCCUCAACCUUGUACUCCGGGUAUACAGGUUCCAGCUCUGGGUAGUGUAGAAUCCAGGAGUAGGAACUCAUCAGUAUGUUUGACCGAACCUACAACUCCUGUCUCCGGGUUGGAUAAUAACUGUCUCGCCAACUCAUUAACAAUGUCGGAUUUGAGAUUGAAGAAACUAAUCCGUGAUAAACGCAAGAGGAAGGGUAGGAAGGAUGAAUUGACUAAAGAUCUGGGUAGGUGGAAACCAACAGAUGAUAUAGCGUUGGUAACUGCGGUGGAGCAAACCAAGGAUUUAAACCUUGUAUUUAAAGGAGUGAAAUUCUCCUGUCAUUUUACACUAUCGGAGAUACAAGAGAGAUGGUAUACACUUCUUUUUGAUCCCGUGAUAUCUCAGCUGGCUCAGCAAGCUAUGAAGAAUCUUCCACAAGAAGUUGUACACAAGAUUAUGCUUAAUACUCCGUUCUCAAGAGAAGAAGAGGACGUAAUAAUAAACUGCGGGAUAAAAAGUUCUGCUCCUACUGUCAGUUUAUCAGAGUUUGAGAAACUAUUAUUGUCCAAACCCGGAGUUUUUCAUCCGUAUAGAACUGGUAGAACACUGUUCACUCAUUGGCAGUAUCUUAAGUUUCAUUCCUUACUCCCGGAGCAGACGGUUAGACCUAUGCCUAAACCUGACUCAGGACAUCAGGUUCUAGACUUUAUAGACGGAGAGGAGUUGAUCCUGGACAGUGAGCUGCAGGACCCGGAAGAUACCAACCUUAACACGGAGCUCAUGGGUGCAGAGAGGAAUGCCAAGCAUGAGAUUAGAAGGAUGGAGGCUGAAGUUACAAAAUGGCAGGUUUUAGUUGAUCAGGUUUCAGGUUCAAAUACCUCGGAGUUUGAUAAUCAAACCCUUGCAGUUCUUAGAGGUCGGCUUGUCAGAUAUUUGAUGAGAUCACGAGAGAUAUCAGUCGGUAGAGCGGCUCAAAACCAUGUUGUUGACGUAGAUCUCACAUUAGAGGGUCCUGCUAGUAAGAUAUCCCGGAGUCAAGCAAGAAUAAAGCUGAAACAUACAGCAGAGUUUCAUCUUGCAAACGAGGGGUUUCGGCCUGUGAUCGUGAACGGUACACCUGUUCUAACGGGGGAAUCCAUCAUCUUGCAAAACAACGCCGUGGUGGAGUUCUCGAGCCUUCGGUUUAUCUUUCUUAUCAACCAGGAUCUGAUAGCAGCAAUCAGGACGGAAACUUUCAAGAAUAAUUUUAUUAAAACCCUCUCCUAAUAAGUCAAGAAAUUUCAGA